AUGGCAUCUUCAGCUCACGACAAUCACCCUGAGGUGGACCAAAACAAGGAGAUGUGCUCAGACAAAGUACCAGAUGUUGAGAAGCAGAGCAUUGUGCCGAGCCUGGCAAGGCAAAGACCAGAAGGAGAGUCUGAGAGCCUUUACCAGCCCCAGACUCUCAAAUUCUGGUUAAUCAUAUCAUGUAACCUUCUCUCCCUUUUUAUCGUCACACUGGAUCGGACAAUUGUCAGUACUGCUAUUCCACGGAUCACGGAUGAGUUCGAUAGUUUGGGAGACAUUGGCUGGUACGGUUCGGCAUUCUUGCUCACGGGAGCAACUUCCCAGCUUCUCUAUGGCCGUAUAUACCGAGCUUAUGAUAUGAAGCGUGUGUUCCUAUUUUCAAUUGUAGUUUUUGAAAUCGGCUCUGCCAUCUGUGGCGCGGCCCCCAACUCAGGCGCCUUCAUCGCUGGACGUGCUGUAGCUGGGCUCGCAUCCGCAGGGGUCUUCUCGGGAUGCAUGCUUAUCAUAAUACCCAUGAUACCGCUGCACAAGAGACCUAUGUUUCAAGUAAUGUUUGGUGGGGUCUUUGGUGUCUCUAGCGUUAUGGGACCCUUGGUCGGCGGAGCCUUCACCAGCUCGGUCACCUGGAGAUGGUGCUUUUACAUCAAUCUUCCUAUCGGAGCAGUAACGAUACUUCUCUUGUUCUUGAUCUGGAAGCCACCGAAGUCAAACUGCGAACCUGCUUCCAUUAGAACUCAUUUCAAGCAGCUCGAUCCUCUGGGCAUGUUUUUCUUCGUGCCAGCAAUUGUCUCUCUGUUGCUAGCUUUACAAUGGGGCGGCUCAACCUACUCAUGGAGUAAUAGUCGGAUAAUUGCACUCUUCGUUUCGUUCGGUGUCUUAAUCUUGCUGUUUGCGGCCGUCCAGAUUCUGAGGCCCGAGACGGCAACGAUACCAGCCAGGGUGAUCACUCAAAGAAGCAUGUGUUGUGCAGCACUUUACACCUUCUUUGUGUCGAGCUCCAUGAUGUUGAUGGUAUUCUUCCUUCCAAUCUGGUUCCAAACCGUCAAACUCGUCAGCCCCGUCCAGUCAGGCAUCUGCACCUUACCGGUCAUGCUCAGCAUGGUAGUCGCAACCUUCCUAGCAGGACUCAUGACACAAAAGACCGGAUACUAUGUCCCAGCCAUGUACCUAUGUCCGUGUAUCUUGUCGGUUGGACUGGGUUUAAUGUCGACUUUCAACCGCGACACCGACUCAUCCCAUUGGAUCGGCUAUCAAUUCUUAUCUGGCUUCGGCCUGGGCUUUGGAAUGCAAGUGUCUGGUCUCGUCGUACAGAGAGUCCUCCCGCUGGCUGAUGUACCGAUCGGAAUCGCACUCGUAUUCUUCCUCCAGCAGCUGGGUGGUAGUGUCUUUGCCACGAUUGGUCAAUCGAUUCUUAGCAACUACCUCGUCUCUCAGCUCUCCGACAUUCCGGGUCGAGAUCCAAGGGAGAUUUUCAGUAGUGGCGCUACGAACCUGGCUUCCACCGUCCCGCCUGAAUAUAUGGUUGAUGUGCAGCAGGCGUACAACGGAGCUUGCACGAAAAUCUUCCUCGCUGCAAUGGGGGUCUCGCUUGCUGGACUGCUCGCGGCUCUUGGUAUGGAAUGGAAAAGCAUUAAAAGGGGGAAGAAUGGGCAAGAUGCACCUGCGCAGAAACCGAAGAUUGCUGAAAAGAUCAUGGUACCGCGUAAACAUGAGGAGUGUACUGGCAAGUUGGCGGCGGAGGGUCCGUUUGCAAAGUUCCAGCAGGAGGAGAGGGAUGCUCUCGAGAAGGUUGUUACUGGGUUGAAGUAA